AUGGUGGUUGCAAUCACGAAGUACUUUGGCUGGACACUGGACCUACUGGACGUGGUGACAGCUUUCCUUUACGGAGAAAUGAAGGAAAAGGUAUUUUGCGCGAUCCCAGAAGGAGUCGAAGUUGAUGAAGACUUUGACUGCUUUGAACUGGUCAAGGCGAUCUACGGACUAAAACAAGCAUCGCGCGUAUGGAACGAGACUUUUCAUGAGUUCGUCUGCUCCAUUGGAUUUCAAGUCUCCGAUUUUGACCCGUGUCUUUAUCUCAAGAUUACAAGUGGCGAUGACUUAAAGGCGCGUUUCGAAAUGACCGACAGUGGGAAGUGCGCAUUCGUGUUGGGCAUCGAGCUGGUGGACAACGACGACGGUAGCGUGACGAUGUGCCAGCGACGCUACGUGGAAGAUGUUCUCAAGUGUUUUGGCAUGAGCGACUGCAAAGCCGUCACCAGCCCAACCGACAUCAGUUCUCGACUCAUACCAAGUACCGCAGCAACUAAAAUCGACGCCCCGUUUCGUGAAGCAGUAGGCGCUCUGAUGCACUUGAUGACCGCGACACGACCAGACAUUGCCUUUGCUGUGAGUUACGUUUCGCGCUUCAUGGAGAACCCCCAAGUCGAGCAUUGGAUGGCGGUCAAGCGCAUUUUGCGAUACUUACAAGGGACUAAGUCGCACGGUAUCUGUUUCAAGCCUGAUGACAAGAUAGACUUCUGUGGCUACUCGGAUGCAGACUGGGCCGGCGACCAUGCAGACCGCAAGUCGACUUCAGGAUAUGCGUUUAUCCUGAUGGGUGCUCCGGUGAGCUGGGGAAGCAAAAAGCAGUCAAGUGUGUCGCUGUCAACAAGUGAAGCUGAGUACAUUGCACUAAGUCUGGCGAUUCAAGAAGGCAAGUGGGUGCAUCGAUUACUGUGCGAGAUUCUGGAUGCCGCAGAGGACAAGUCUGGACCCGAGCUCAAGAUCAUGGAAGACAACCAGUCGUGCAUCAAGAUGACGAAGAAUCCGGUGAACCAUGGUCGGGCCAAGCACAUCGACAUCAAGUACCACCACAUUCGUGAUGAAGUCAAGCGUGGUGAUGUCAAGUUGGAGUACUGUGAGACUACGAUCAUGUUGGCGGACAUCAUGACGAAGAGGACUGCCAGGACCGCGUCACAAGGACUUGACGGCAGCGCUCGGCAUACACGCGUGUUCGCAUUGAGGGGGCGUAUUGUGGGUUGA